UAAGUCCAGCAAUAGCAAAGUUUGCAAUUAACAAAAAAGAAAAGAAAAAGAGAAAAAAGUGGGGAGGACUUGAGACUCGUAGGCUUUUGUCUUUGAAGGCCACACACAAAAUCCCCAAUUUAACAAAAUACAGAGUAAAAAAGAGUCUCCUCAAUUUCUCAAACCCCCAAUUCUCACCGAUCGUCAUAAAGCUCCAAACUUUCAGCUCCAAAUCCAAUUCUAGCUCAUACCCAGCUCUUGUUUCUUCUCUAAUCGACUAAAGGUCGAUCCUUUUUCAUCUGGGUUUCAAAUUCAAAAGCACCCAAUUCACAUCUGAUCACAAUCCUCAAAAACCAUCUCGGAUCAACGACAUGUCGUGCUCGUCUUCAUCGGGGUCGGAGGACGACGAUGAGGGUUUCGACUCUUACAGAAAAGGAGGGUACCACGCCGUCAGGAUCGGCGAUCAGUUCGCCGGCGGCCGAUAUGUAGCUCAGAGAAAACUGGGUUGGGGUCAAUUCUCCACCGUCUGGCUCGCUUACGAUACCACCAACUCUACGUAUGUUGCUCUUAAGAUACAAAAAAGUGCAGCUCAAUUUGCUCAAGCUGCUCUCCAUGAGAUUCAAAUUCUUACAGCUAUUGCGGAAGGGGACUCCUCGGAUUUAAAGUGUGUUGUACGACUGAUCGACCAUUUUAAGCACGCAGGCCCAAAUGGGCAGCAUUUAUGCAUGGUCCUUGAGUUCCUUGGUGAUAGCUUACUCCGGCUGAUCAAGUAUAACCGUUAUAAAGGUCUUAAGUUGGAUAAUGUAAGGGAGAUCUGCAAAUGUAUAUUGAUGGGUCUGGAUUAUUUGCAUAGAGAAGUUGGUAUAAUCCACACUGACUUAAAACCAGAAAAUAUUCUUCUUUUUAACACCAUUGAUCCCACCAAAGAUCCCAUCAGGUCUAAAGUUACACCAAUUAUUGAAAGGCCUGAAGGAGGCCUGAAUGGUGGAGUCACCAUGAGCCUUAUUGAGAAAAAACUCAAAAGGAGGGCAAGGAGGGCAGUUGCUAAGAUUUCCUUGAGAAGGGAAUCUAUGGGAGGAGGUGAAGCUCCCAAGUCAGAAAGAAAUAUGGACGGUGUUGAUGUAAGGUGUAAGGUUGUCGAUUUUGGGAAUGCAUGUUGGGCUGACAAGCAGCUUGCAGAAGAGAUUCAGACGAGGCAGUAUAGAGCUCCUGAGGUUAUUCUACGAUCUGGUUAUACCUACUCAGUGGAUAUGUGGUCAUUUGCUUGCACAGCCUUCGAGCUUGCGACAGGUGACAUGUUGUUUGCUCCAAAGAUGGGAGAAGGCUUUAGUGAGGAUGAGGAUCACCUUGCUUUGAUGAUGGAGCUCCUUGGAAAGAUGCCUCGAAAGGUAGCCAUUGGAGGAGCUCGUUCCAAGGAUUUCUUCGACAGACAUGGUGAUCUAAAGAGAAUUCGGAGGCUGAAAUUUUGGCCACUCAAUAAAAUACUGGUCGAUAGAUACAACUUUUCCGAGACUGAUGCUCGGGAGUUUGCAGAGUUCCUAUGUCCCAUUUUCGACUUUUCACCAGAGAAGCGGCCAACUGCUCAGCAGUGCCUUCAACAUCCAUGGCUCAACGGUGUGACUACGUCUCAGGGCGACGCGAAUAACAUAUCAAGCGUGGAAAAGGUGAAUGUUGGGAUGAGCAACCUUCAGAUUAAGGUUGGCAAGUGAAGAAGAAGGGAAUGAAGUUACAUCUACCACUGAUUUUGUGAUUUAAAUUUUUCUUUUUUACAAUUCUAAUAAGAUUCUUUAUUAUUUUUUGACUGUAAAAGAUGUAAAUUAGUAAUGAUUUUUGUGAGCAAAAUGACGUCAUAAUUCAGAUAGAGAAUUUGACUGUCAUAAAAUGGAUAUGCCCUGGUGGCUUGUAGGCUAUAGCAGACCAGAACAGUACCCAUCUGUGUUAUCCACAAUUUUUAUACU